GUAGUUCAUGUCCACGUUUUUAAUGUCUACAAGGGACGUCUCGCUUUCAGGAAUUACCUGAAAACGUGAUACAUCUCUCAUUCUUCUUUCUGAUAUUAACUUUGCGAGAAUUUCAUGUUUAUAUUUCAGUAAAUAAAUAAACAAUUAUCAAGAUGUCUGGAAACAAGUGUCGUAAUUGUGGAUCUACAAAUAUUGAGACCGACCCUGCACGUGGAGAUGCUAUUUGUAUGGAAUGUGGUUUUGUAUUGGAGGAUUCAGUUAUUGUUAGUCAACCAACUUUUGAGGAAUCGUCCUCUGGUAAAGUAAUGCCUAAAUACUUUGUCCCUAAUGAUAGUACAGGUGGUGCUACAAAUUUUGGUGCACGCUAUUUCAAUGAAAAGGAAUCUAGUAAACAAACCUUAGAAAAUGCAAGGAAAGGUAUAAUACAUCUUGCCAUGCAAUUAGGCUUAGACGAGAAUGAUAUCAACAUGUCUGUAAGAAUUUAUGAAUCUGCUUUAAAACGUAAUAUGACACGUGGGAGAAAACAGGUACAUAAUCAGGCUGCUUGUGUGUAUAUUACCUGUCGACAUGGAGACAAUCCUCUUCUUCAUUCUAUUAUGCUUAUCGACAUCAGUGAUAUUCUUCACAUUUGUGUUUAUGAACUCGGACGGACAUAUCUACGAUUUAUACAAGCACUUGAUGUCCAUUUAGUUUUUGCAGAUCCUUGUUUAUACAUCGAAAAGUUUGCGCGGAAACUUGAAUUUGGAAAGGAAACUAAAGCCGUAGCUCGGACAGCCACCAGAAUACUUCAAAGAAUGAAUAAGGAUAGUAUUCAUAUUGGUCGUAGACCAUCCGGUCUAUGUGGUGCAGCUUUACUGAUUGCUGCGCGAUUGCACGAAUUUAACAGAUCACCUGCUGAUAUUAUAAAAAUUGUUAAAGUACAUGAAUCCACCUUACGCAAGAGAUUAAUGGAAUUUGGCGACACACCAUCUAGUGCUUUGACCUUAGAUGAAUUUGAAACAGUGGAUUUAGAAGAAGAAGAUCCUCCAGCAUUUAAAGCAGCACGUAAAAAGGAUAGAGAACGUUUACAAGGGUUAGAAAACAUAGACGUGGAAAUAAGCGAACUGCAAGCGGAAAUUGAUAGACAAUUGGAAGAUUAUAGAAUAGGGAAAGGAAGAAAACGAAAGAAUGUAUCUUCUAUAGAGAAUGAAGACGCAGAUAGAUUUAUUCAAGAGAGUCAUUUGAACAUAAUCCAACAAUAUGUUGAGAAUCAUAUCGAUGAUCCUGAUGAAAACUAUCGAGACAGUAUUAGAGAUGAGAGUAAUAGUUCAAUUGUUAGAAGAUUAGGUCCGGAUAUAGCAUCGAUGAUGUUUGCGAACAAUUGUCCAAAUGAAUCGAAAGAAAAAGAUAAUACUAAGGAAGAGUCUUCUAAGGAAAUUUACUUAAGUGACAUUGAUGAUGAAGAAUUAGAUAGCUACAUUCUUUCGGAAAAAGAAUCGCAAUCUAAAUCUGCUCUUUGGAACAAAGUAAACGCUGACUAUCUUGUUCAGCAAAAGGAAAAAGAAGAAAAGCGUUUGAAAGAGAAGGAAGAAGGUAAAAAUGAAAAGAAAAAAAGAAAGACAGUUUCCAGGAAGAACAAAAUGCCUGCGAAUACCGCUAGUGAAGCAAUUGAGAAAAUGCUGCAAGAAAAAAAAAUAUCAUCCAAAAUUAAUUAUGAAGUGUUAAAAAGCAUAAAUAAUCACCAACAAAGUAAUCAACAAAACAAUCAAGAAUUACUUACAAAAAACAUGUUAGAGUUAGACAACGUAACUAUUAAUAAUCCAGUAACGAUCAAUUCUACACUGAAGACUGCAGACGCUCCUCUACCGAAAAAAUAUCGUUCUAUUAAACCGAAUACUGAGCCAUCAAAAAAAGAAUAUAAAACAUUAAAAAAAGAAGAUGAAGAAUUCACGAAAAAAGAAAUUAAUUCGGUAGAUGCAGUUACAGCGAAUAUGACCGAAAAUGUCUAUGAUAAUGAUGACUAUUUUGACGAAGAAGAACCUGAAUCUACGGAAAUAUCACUUGGACAGAUACUUGAAUCUCAUGCGACAUCUGAAGAUGAAUAUUGUGAUAACAAUUAUGAAUAUGAAUAGAAAUUUAACUAUUUAUAUGUUGUAUUUACAUUUAAUUAUUUAAAUAUAUAUAUACCGUGUCUCUUGAUAUAUAUACAGUACCCUCCAUAAG